GUUUUUCUGUCUUGCGGUCGGUCAGCUUUACAGUCCAAUUUAUUAGAGGGACGCUUCCCGCGACGGCGACGGCAGGAAGAAGCCGAAGAAGAAUAUGGAGCAGAACCAGCAACAAAGAGCCUCAAGAGCUUACCAGCUCCACCCCGCCAGAGCAGCUAUUACUGAUCUCUUCAACCUCUACUUGGGAAGGACUACCCCGCCUACCCGUCAGAAACCCGAUGAUUCUAUACGAGAACCUCCGAACAAAACACAGAAACGUGUAACUGCUCUUAACAGGGAGCUCCCACCUCGAAAUGAGCAAUUUCUUUUGGAUUUUCAACAGCUUCAGAGCCAGUUCCCUGAACAGGAGCAAUUGCGAAACAUGACUGAAUCAGUUCUCAUUUCUUUAAUUAUUCAGUGCAGUAGUCAUGCACCUCGGGCGGAAUUUCUUCUAUUUGCUUUACGUAUUUUAUGUUCCAUAGGCUACAUAAAGUGGGAUACCUUUUUGCCCCCGCUUCUUUCUUCAGUUUCAUCAGCAGAGAUGUCAAGUGGGCAAGGAAAUCAAUCUGCAUCUGCCAUCUCAUCUACAAGCUUUCCCCAAUCUGGAAUGCUUCCAAAUUCAACCACAAUCACCACAACAAAUUUUCAGCCAGCAAAUCCUACAUCUCCUAUGCCUUCUGUUCAGGGUGUUGGAUCUCCUGCUCAAUCAGCAAAUGAACCAUCAUCUUGUGCAACUCUGUCACCAAUGAAGUUGUCUGAUGUUCAACAAUCCACCAGUAGGAUGACUUCAUCCGUAAGGGAUAAUGCAAUUAGCAGCUUACGUCAGUUGUGCUGCAAGAUCAUUUUAACUGGUCUGCAGUCCAAUUUAAAGCCGGUGACUCAUGCUGACAUUUUGAACCACAUGUUGAACUGGUUGGUCAAUUGGGACCAGAGGCAACAAGGAGCAGAUGAUAUCAGUAGUGCAAAAGUGUGGAAACUGGACAAAGCCCUCACUGAAUGGCUUCAUAGCUGUUUAGACGUUAUUUGGCUAUUAGUCGAGGAUGAUAAAUGCCGUGUUCCAUUUUAUGAACUGCUACGAAGUGGCUUGCAGUUCCUUGAAAACAUACCAGACGAUGAAUCACUAUUCACACUUAUUCUCGAGAUUCAUAGAAGGAGAGAUAUGAUGGCCACACACAUGCAAAUGUUAGAUCAACAUCUUCACUGUCCAACAUUUGCAACACCAAGGUUUCAAUUUCAGGUCUCAAUUAAUCUGUCUGGCGAAGUAGUGACUAAUGUGCGAUUUUCGCCCAUCACAUAUCCUAGUGUUCUGGGAGAACCAUUGCAUGGGGAGGACCUUGCGGCUUCUAUUCAGCGGGGAACCAUUGACUGGGAGAGAGCUUUGCGAUGUCUUCGACAUGCUCUUCGCACGAGUCCUUCAGCUGAUUGGUGGAAGAGAGUGCUUGUCCUAGCUCCAUGUCAUAGAGCUCAAGCUCAAGUGCCCACUCCUGGUGCUGUAUUUACUCCUGAAAUGCUUUGUGAAGCAAUAAUUGAUAGGAUUGUUGAACUGUUGAAGUUGACAAAUUCAGAAAUAAACUGCUGGCAGGAGUGGCUUAUUUUUGCGGAUGCUUUUUACUUUCUCAUAAAGAACGGGUGCAUUGAUUUUGUUGAUUUUGUGGACACGUUAGUAUUACGCUUUGCAGAGAAUGAGCAGAGUAUUCUUCGUUCCAACCAUGUGUCAUGGUUGCUUGUUCAAAUUAUAAGGCUUGAGCUUGUGAUGAUUGCUCUGAAUACAGAUUCAAGAAAGGAGGAGACAACACGAAAGAUUCUGUCUUUCCAUAAAGAAGGUAGGACUGCAGAUCCUAAUAGUCCUCAAAAUACCCUGCUUGACUUUAUAAGUAGUUGUCAGAAUUUACGUAUAUGGGCACUGAAUUCACAAACCAGAGAAUUUGUCAACAAUGAGCUGCUUCAAAAAGGGAAACAGAUUGAUGAAUGGUGGAGGCAAACACCCAAAGGGGAACACAUGUUAGACUACAUGAAUUUGGAUAACAGGUCAGUUGGGAUGUUUUGGGUAUUGUCACACACAAUGGCACAGCCUGCUUGCGAGACUGUGAUGAGUUGGUUGACUUCAGCUGGAAUCUCAGAACUGCUUCCAACUGCAAACUCGGCGCCGAAUGAGAGGAUGAUGGUAAUGCGGGAAGUUAGUCCCCCUCCGGUUGCAUUAUUAUCUGGUCUCUCAAUAAAUCUUUGCAUAAAACUAGCAGGUCAGCUGGAAGAGUCUAUGUUUUCUGGACAGGUUAUUCCAAGCACUGCAAUGGUUGAGACAUAUGCCAGAUUGUUGAUUCUUGUGCCUAAUUCUUUAUUCCGACACCAAUUAAGUCAUCUCUCAAGGAAUCCCUCCCCUGGAAACAAUAAGCCUGGAGUAUCUCUUCUGGUUCUUGAAAUUCUGAACUAUCGGUUGCUUCCUUUAUACAGGUAUGAAGCCAAAAGCAAGUUGUUGUUGUACGAUCUGACCAAAGUAGUUUCUCCACUGAAGGGAAAGCGUGGAGAUCAUCGUAUGUUUCGAUUAGCUGAGAACUUGUGCAUGAAUCUCAUCAUGUCUAUUCGAGAGUUUUUCUUUGUGAAAAAGGAGGGGAAGGGACCUACUGAAUUCACUGAGACCUUGAAUCGCAUAAUUAUAACUAGCUUUGCCAUCAUCAUCAAAACACGUGGAAUUGCAGAGCAGGAGCAUCUCCUAUAUCUCCCAACAAUGCUGGAGCAGAUACUGGCAAACAGUCAGCAUACAUGGUCAGAGAAAACACUUAGGCAUUUCCCUUCUAUUCUUCGUGAAGCCUUGAGUGGAAGGAUAGAUAAAAGGGGUCUGUCAAUCCAGGCUUGGCAGCAGGUGGAAACUACUGUGAUAAACCAGUGCAAACAGCUUCUUUCACCAUCAGCUGAUCCCACCUAUGUCGUGACAUAUAUAAGUCAUAGUUUUCCUCAACAUCGCCAAUACCUAUGUGCUGGUGCUUGGGUUUUAAUGCAUGGCCAUCCCGAGAAUAUUAACAAUUCCAAUCUUGGACGAGUUAUAAGAGAAAUUUCUCCGGAAGAAGUGACAGCAAACAUUUACACAAUGGUGGAUGUCCUCUUACAUCACAUGCAAUUAGAACUACAGCAUGGACAUUCACUUCAGGACGUUCUACUGAAAACAUCAAACAACCUUGCAUAUUUUGUUUGGAACAGUGAGUUGCUUCCGUUAGAUAUCUUGCUUUUGGCACUCAUUGAUCGCGACGAUGAUCCCCAUGCUUUGCAUAUUGCUAUUAAUUUACUUGAUAGACAAGAGCUUCAACAAAGGGUCAAGUUUUACAUUUUUAAUUGUGGCCCAUCUGAACACUGGCUAUACGCUGGAACUUACAAACGAGUUGAAGUGCAAAAGGCUCUUGGAAAUCAUUUAUCUUGGAAGGAAAGGUAUCCUACAUUCUAUGAUGAUGUUGCAGCACGAUUAUUCCCAGUCAUUCCCUUAAUCAUCUACAGGCUCAUAGAAAAUGACGCCACAGACUCUGCUGAUAGAAUACUGCAGCUUUAUUCUACUUUCCUUCGUUACUACCCCUUCAAUUUUACGUUUGUUCGCGAUAUACUUGCUUAUUUCUAUGGUCAUCUUCCCGUAAAGCUUGUUCUCAGGAUCUUGAACAUUGUGGAUCCUAAAAAGAUUCCAUUUUCCGAGUCAUUUGCUCAGCACGUGAAUUCGUCUAACGGUCCAAUCUGCCCACCACUAGAAUACUUUGCAACUCUUCUAUUAGGCCUUGUGAAUAAUGUCAUUCCUUCUCUCAAUAAUAUAUCGAAAUCUGGACUUGUGGGUGAUGCUUCAAGUUACGUGGUCCGUGCAAUAAAUAACAAGAUUACGUCACCAUCGCAUAGCUAUGAAGGUCAGAAACCAUUCUACCAAAUCCAAGACCCGGGGACAAAUACUCAGCUAGUUCUGGACACAGCAGUGAUAGAAAUUCUGUCUCUUCCUGUACCAACAUCCCAAAUUGUAUCAGCUCUUGUUCAGGUUGUGGUUCAUAUACAAUCAACUCUGAUUCAAUCAAACAAUGGACUACAUGGAGCUCAAACCGCAACAGGUUCCAUCCUACCAACUUCUCCUUCAGGGGGGAGUACUGAUUCAAUGAGUGCAAACCGGUCAACAACCCCGUCAGUUUCGGGUGUAACAAAUUCUAGCUUUGUUUCUAGAAGUGGUUACACAUGCCAGCAGCUGUCUUGCUUGUUCAUCCAAGCUGGUGGACUUCUUUUGGCUCAAUUUCCUCCAGAAUUUCAUGUCCAACUUUAUGCAGAGGUGUCUCGUCUAAUAAAAGAAAGUUGGUGGCUCACUGAUGCUAAAAGGUCAUUGGGUGAGUUGGAUUCUGCUGUUGGUUAUGCUUUGCUAGAUCCCACAUGGGCUGCUCAAGAUAACACGUCAACAACAAUUGGUAACAUCGUAGGCUUGCUUCAUGCCUUCUUCUAUAACCUUCCACAAGAAUGGUUAGAAGGUUCACAUUUGAUCAUCAAGCAUCUGAGGCCAGUUACAUCUGUUGCUGUGUUGAGAAUAGCUUUCCGAAUAAUUUCUCCUUUGCUACCAAGAUUGGUCAAUUCUCAUGCUCUCUUCAAUAAGACUCUAUCCUUGCUUCUUGGCAUCUUAGUGGAUGUAUUCGGUAAAAACUCUCAACCAUCAACUCCAGUUGAAGCAUCAGAUAUAUCCGAUAUCACUGACUUUCUUCAUCACAUUAUUCACUACGAAGGGCAGGGUGGACCUGUUCAGGCAAAUAGCAAACCGAGGCCUGAAGUUUUGACUCUCUUCGGAAGAGCGCUAGAGAGUUUGCGCCCAGAUGUACAACAUCUACUUUCACACCUUAAGCCCGACGCUAAUUCUUCUAUUUAUGCUGCUGCUCGUCCGAAAAUUCCCCAGAUGCAGUAACUGUGGGGGAUAAAAUUAAUGUCCAAAAAUUGUGUUAAUAUAUUAUGGAGCUUUUUAGAGGGCUUUUAUUUAUUUAUUUAUUGCGACCUCCAUCACCAAUGUAGUAAUUGCCAAUGUAGAAAGUGUGAUUGAACUUUUAUGACAUUUGGUAAGAAAAGUGUAAUUAAAGUAUUAGACUUUUUUUUUAGUGAAAUCUUAAAUGC